AUGGCCAAUCAGCCCGUCGACAAGUUCGAUUCCACUACAACAACCCCCCGAUUAAGCAUGGAUGGCCGCAACAACCACACCGAGCCAAUCGGCCCCAAUACCGAGAAGGAACUCACUCCGUCGCUCCCAUCAUCUCAUGAUAACGACAAUGACAACGACCUUGAGAGUGCGCAGAACCAACCUGAACCAGAGAAGCCCACCGAAAAGGAUCCUAAUCUCGUCGAGUGGGAUGGCCCCGAUGAUCCUGAGAACCCUCAGAACUUUUCGCGUAUACGCAAGUGGGUUAUCACGGUUGUCAUGUCCUCCAUGACUAUGUGGAUCACAUUCGCUAGCAGUGUGUUCUCGACUGCGACUCUGGUCACCGCGAAGGAAUUCAACGUCUCGACCGAAGUCAUGAUUCUUGGUACCAGUUUGACAGUCUUCGGCUUUGCUCUAGGUCCUCUCUUCUGGGCUCCACUCAGCGAACUAUACGGCCGUCGUCUACCUCUCUUCUCCGGUUAUGCUAUCUUCGCAAUCUUCCAGAUUCCCGUUGCCGUGGCACAGAAUAUCGAGACCAUCAUGAUCUGUCGUUUCCUGCAGGGUGUCUUUGGCUGCUCUCCUCUUGCUGUGGUGGGCGGUGCUAUGGCUGAUAUUUGGGACCCCGUUGAUCGUGCCGUGGCCAUUGCCAUGUUCAGCGCAGCUACAUUCCUGGGUCCUACCCUCGGUCCUAUCAUUGGCGGUUUCGUCACCGAUUCCUACCUGGGCUGGCGCUGGACCGCAUGGCUCACCCUCAUCGCCUCGUCCUUCUUCGGCCUCCUCGCCCUGAUCAUCGUCCCCGAGACCUACUCCCCGAAGCUUCUCCAGAUGCGUGCUGCUCGUCUGCGCCGCGAAACCCGUAACUGGGCCCUACACUCCUUCCUUGACGAGCAUGAACCUAGCAUGAGCGAUAUCGUCUACAAGUACCUGCUGCGACCCUUCCAGAUGCUGGCCAUGGAGCCCAUCCUGAUCUGCAUCACCAUCUACCUCGCUCUGGUCUACGGCAUCCUCUAUCUCUUCUUCGAGGCCUACCCAGUCUCCUUCUCCGAAGUACGCGGCUGGAAAUCCGAAGGCGUCGCCGCUCUCCCUUUUAUCGGCAUCAUGAUCGGUGUGCUCUGCGGUGUGACCCUAAUCGUCUAUACCACCAAGACCCGUUUCGCCCGCAAGCUGAAAAAGCACGGUCGUGUCGUCCCAGAAGAACGCCUUGUCCCCAUGAUGAUCGCCUCUGUCCUCUUGCCUAUCGGUCUCUUCUGGUUUGGCUGGACCUCAUCUCCAAACGGUCUCAACUACAUCAUUGACGUUUAUAUGAUGUACGCCAAUAGUGCUAUCGCCGCGAACACCCUGAUUCGAUCCACGCUCGGCGGUGCAUUCCCCCUCUUCGCGACCCAGAUGUAUCACAAGCUGGGCGUUAACUGGGCUUCGAGUGUUUUGGGCUUCAUCACCAUUGCCAUGAUUCCCAUCCCCAUUCUAUUCUUCUUCUACGGCGCGAAGAUCCGUGCUAUGAGUCGCUUUACUCCCAAGUUCUAA